AUGAAGUAUGUUCAACCUGGAGAUGCUACCAAAUAUAUAGCAAAAGCCAAGAAAGAGGUUAUUAUUUCUGCUGGGACCCUUCACACUCCGCAGAUAUUACAACUCUCGGGAAUCGGACAAAAGAGUCUCCUGGAGAAACUUGGUAUCCCAGUAUUAAUAGAUUUGCCUGGCGUACCGAGCGCCCAGCGGACAGAACCUCCAGGAUCACCCAUAGCAGUUGGUACUAUGUCUCUAAAGCUGGACAACGUUGAACACUCAGUUAUUGAUCUCGAGAAAAAUGCAACUUGGGAUGCGGAGUCUAAAGAUCUCUUCUAUAAAGCCCGUGAAGGCCCAUGGACAGCCGGAAGCCCCAACUCAGUAGCUUUCCUCCCCCUGUCCACCUACACCAACCAAUCCGAGACCCUGCUAGGCGCCUACACAACCCAAGCGCCAGGCCAGUACCUCCGCAAUGAUUACGACCCAGUGAUAACAGCCAGUUUUCAAAAACACCGCCAAAUCCUCCUAAACAGGCUCGCGGGCACGCACACAGCUGCAAUGGAGUAUAUGUGGCUCAGCGGUGCCAACCGGUUCUUCCAAAUGCCCUUCUCCAUCUCCAUCACUCACCCCUUCAGCCGUGGCUUCAUAGAAAUCAACUCGACGGAUCCCCUUGCCGCCCCGAUCGUGGACCUGCGCACGGGGAGCAACCCAGUCGAUCUCAACCUCUUCAUUGAAGCGUUCCGUUUCUGCCGCCGCGUUGUGCAGACUCGAGCGAUUCAGGAACUCGUUCCGACCGAGUUGACUCCCGGGCCGUCGCUGCAGACGGACGAGGAGCUGCGCAGAUUUACGAGGGAUAGCCUCUCCACGAUGUUCCAUCCGAGCGGGACUUCCGCCAUGCAGCCAAGGGAGAUUGGAGGCGUAGUGGACCACAAUUUGAUUGUUUAUGGAACCGAGAAUUUGAGGGUCGUGGAUGCGAGUAUCAUUCCGUUGAUCCCUGGAACGCACAUUGUGUCUACGGUCUAUGCGAUCGGUGAGAAGGCAGCGGAUAUUAUUAAGGCGGCCUGUAAGGAAUAA